GUGAGGUUGGUUUUCUCCCUGAACAUUGACUCUAAAUACUGUGAAAGCUACCACCUUCUAUUUCUCUUUUAUAAACACACUGGAUUGCACCAACAAAACGGCUGGAACUAUCUGUAUCCAUUUUAUAAUUAGUCCCCAUCAUUUAAGAGGAAAAAUAAUAAAGUUCCCCUACUUCUUUAUUACUUGUUCCUUGUCACCUUGUGAAAGCUUUUAAGCUAAACAUAACAUACCCUUGAUCAUAUCUGAAACAUUAAUGAUUGUUCUGCUCAGAAACUAAAGCUGAUUCAGGCUUUAAAAGUUUCAAUGGCUGAAACCAAUACUAGUAUCAAAAGCUCUAGGCAAUUGAGGUAUGUUUAUAGUUUUGCUGAUAAGGUGAAAAGUUUUCCUGGUUUGGCAAGGAGGGCAACAUGGAAGGUUGGCAAAGAGGAUCCAAGAAGAGUGGUCCAUGCUUUGAAAGUUGGCAUGGCUUUGACACUAGUUUCUUUGCUGUAUCUGAUGGAGCCAUUGUUCAAAGGGAUAGGGAAAAAUGCUAUGUGGGCUGUCAUGACUGUGGUUGUGGUGAUGGAGUUCACUGUCGGGGCAACAUUAUCCAAAGGACUAAAUAGAGGAUUAGGGACUCUGUUAGCAGGAUCAUUGGCAUUUCUUAUUGAGUAUGUUGCAGAUGCCCCUGGUCGGAUUUUUCGAGCAGUUUUCAUUGGUGUUGCAGUUUUUAUGUUAGGAGCAAUGACUACUUAUGUGAGGUUCAUCCCCUACAUCAAGAAGAAUUAUGAUUAUGGUGUUCUGAUCUUUCUCCUGACCUUCAAUUUGAUAACUGUGUCAAGCUACCGCAUUGACAAUGUCUGGAACAUUGCAAAAGAUCGCAUGUCCACCAUUGCCAUAGGUUGUGGCCUAUGUCUUGUGAUGAGCAUAUUAGUAUUUCCAAACUGGUCAGGGGAAGACCUCCAAAACAACACAAUAACAAAGCUUGAAGGCUUAGCCAAUUCUAUACAAGUCUGUGUCAUGGAAUAUUUUUAUGAUUCUGCAAAACAAGCAACUGAAGAUGAUUCAUCCGAGGACCCUAUUUACGAAGGUUACAAAGCUGUUUUAGAUUCCAAAGCAAACGAUGAAACAUUGGCAUUACAAGCAAGCUGGGAACCAAGAUGCUCAAGAUAUUGCCACAGAAUCCCAUGGCAUCAAUAUGCAAGAGUGGGAGCUGCUCUUCGCCAAUUCAGUUACACUGUUGUAGCACUACAUGGAUGUCUACAGUCUGAAAUUCAGACACCAAAGUCAAUUCGUGCGGUGUACAAAGAUUCUUGCAUCAGACUUGGAGAGGAAGUGUCAAAAGUAUUAAGGGAACUGGCCAACAGCAUAAGGAACAAACGUCAAUUCUCCCCUCAAACACUCUCAAACAACCUCAAUGAAGCAUUACAAGACCUUGACAAUGCAUUGAAAUCCCAACCACAACUUGUACUAGGCUCGAGGAAUGGUCGAACCCCUAACACCCCAGUUCAAAAGCUUGAAGAGGACACAGCAAGUGCAAGAACCCCAUUAUCAAGUGUUAAGAAUGAUUAUUUUUCGCCACGUGGAUGUAAAUCCAAAGAACACUCUCGUGAACAGGCAAAGAAGGUUUUAAGGCCACAACUGAGUAAGAGUGCCAUCAUUAGCCUUGAAUUCUCAGAGGCAUUACCCUUUGCUGCUUUCACUUCUUUGCUUUUAGAGAUGGUGGCUAAACUGGAUCGUGUUAUGGAUGAAGUUGAAGAGUUGGGUCGAAUGGCACACUUUAGAGAGUUCAAAGAUGAUGAUGAUGAUGAGAUUGUUGUGACUUGCGAGAAACCAAAAAUGAUUAUAGCUCAGAAUGGCAUGCCUUCUUAUGGAGCAGAGUAGUUGGUAGAGUCCAUAGGGAGUAAUCGAGGACCAUAUUCUUCGUCGCAAUUGGUGUUUAUCAUCCCAUCAGGUAUCAUGCAUACAUACAUUCGUGUGUGUAAAGGAACUUGCUCGUCUUUUUACAUGAAAAAGGAGUAUGUAAAAUGCUUCUACUGCAAUUACCCUGAAGUCAGUGAAGUGCAAAGUGAGCUCCAUGGUUUACAUUACCCAUGUCUCCGUUAAGAUCUCUCACGAGCCUUGUGCAUACGGAUUAUGGAUGAAUAAUAUAUAUACAUCUGAGUAUAUGAUUUUAGAACUUUAGCUUUGAUUGGAGGAGUGUUUGGAGAACAAAUCUCACCAUUAAGUUAAAAAUAAAUAGAAUAUUAUGUCAGGGAUAAGCUUAGGAGUGUAAGCAAGUUGUGGUCUCUUCAUUUUUUUUUCCUUAACUUAAAUAUGUUUUUGGUAUAUA